AACAGUGUGGGUUGGUGACUUAGUGGGAGUGGAUCAUCGAAAGAUUCUCCUCCGAAAUUCGUGAAUUACACAAACAUACGAGGCGAUGAGGACUUCGAGAAACUGUUCAUUCUGGAGAACACCUCUCAAAAUCCUUAGCCUGAAAAGAAUUUAAGACAUUGGUGCCGUUGCUUUUGCAAGAUAAUCCGAAUAUUUCAGUAGACUGACCUCAUGCCUUAUAAUUCCUAGCGAAAUAGCCUUAAGCAAUGGAGCGUGAGGCAUGCACAGAAUAGCAUCUAUGGAUAGUGAUUUGCUGUAAAAGUCUUCGAAGCAUCACAUGAACACUUCGGUGGAAAUGAAGAUCCUCAGAUUGCGAUUUCGCAGCCUGAGCAUAUUAUGCGUCCUCGGAACCCUGACACUUGUGCUUGUAUACCUGCCGCCAAGCUACAGACCCAGCCAGUUACUUCUGUCAGGCCCAGACAGUAGUCUCGUUGUAAAAUCUCUGCAAGACCAAGAAAUUGAAGAUAAUCUAGAGUCUAUAAUCGCAAGAGAAAAUGAGUUCGCAGAUAUACAGGUGCCCGCCGCUCGAGUUGGCCAAGACGAAGCGGAACCAGAUAAUGCACACCAAAAUGAGCCUCCUCCCGCGCCAGUUGCAGAGUCCAUCCGGGCUAACAAGACCUCCAUCCAGACAGGGCAGGCGGCGGAGGAGGACCAUCCCCUCUCGGACGCAAACGAGCACGAUUCUUACGUCCAGGAUUACCCCGAUUACACGCCAGCGAACUUUAUCGAAGUGAUGAAAGACCAACCCUCCCAAAAAGGCAAGGAUAAGCAGAGCGUCAAGAAGAAGAAACCGGCGAGACUCAAGAAUUCAUUCGCUUUUGAGAGGUUGGGGUCUCCGAUUUAUAGUCCUGAGGCGCUAAGGCUUCGGGCCAUGUCAUUCCCCAGUAAUUCCACGCUGAGGGCAUUCAUAGCUGAGCAGGAGAGGAGAACCCAGCACCUGAAGACGGAAUGCAACGGGUUCUUAUCCCCCGCCACUGACGUUGAGAGUAAGGGCUUGGCCCCGCCCCCAGGGCUAGCAGGAGUGCACAAUUUACUCCUAGACAGGACCAACAACAUCGCCUACUGCCCCAUCUACAAGGCAGCCAGCACAUCCUGGACCAUCACGCUUCUGGAGAUCGGUGGCUAUUGGAGGAAGGAUCACCACAAGAAGAACAUAAACCUACAGUCUCUCGUCCGGCAAGUCUAUCCCAAGAUUUCGAACUUUGCGGGACCUGCGCUGACGCGCAGUAUGACGCGGUUCAUGGUCGUGCGCCAUCCUUUCGAGCGGCUCCUCUCCUGUUACAGGGAUAAGUUCGAACAAGCCAAGAAGGCUUUCUAUUAUACGCGCUACGGCGACAAGAUGGUCCGUAACUACAGGAAGUUCCCGCCGCACAUCACUUCCUCCCAGCUUGGCAUGUUGCAAGAGCAAGUGCGCGCCAAGGUUCUUGCAGGAGUACCCGUCCACUUGCCCGGGAAUCCUUUCGCUGAACCACUGGGUCCCAUGUUCAGCGAAUUCGUGCAGUACGUGUUACAUGCAAAGCACGACGACGAGCACUGGCGUACGUACUUCGAUCACUGCACGCCGUGCCACAUGUCCUACCAGUUCGUACUGAGAUUCGAGGACAUCAACCGAGAAGGGAAGGAAUUCAUCGAGUAUCUCAACCGCACAUCCCAGGUCGAAAUGCGAUGGGAGAACCCUACCCAAGGAGGCUCGACGAAUGACGUCAUUUGUUCCUACUACGGCGAACUCUCGAGAAAAACGAUACAAGAGUUAGUCAAGAAAUACGAAAAAGACUUCAAUCUUUUCGAAUACAAACCGGACAAGUACCUGGAAUGUGCGAGUGACUGACUGAACUGCACUGGAACUAGAUUACCAAAGUCGCUUAAGACUGAUACAUACCGUGGUGCUGUCGUUUAUAUACUCCUGAAGAGGGAUAUUGUGAUAUUAAAAAGCUCCCGUUUUUAGAAGUUGUACCAAGAAAAGUUAACUUGAACGAAUACCGUCCUGCGUAGCUGACGCAAUAUGAACUAGGCGAAAUAUACUAAUAAUUUAAGCUAAACUUCCUAAGUGCUCAGUUAUGACAGCUGGUUCUAGGGCUCAGCUGUUUCCGUUUAAUAAUCGUCAUGUUUUAGAUGACUGCGAUGUCCCGGAUGAACGCUGACAGUAUGCUCACAAGUCGAUGCCAUUGACACUCUCCUUCAUAGACAAGAACCCAAUUCAUCCUGUACGCGUAUCCCUUUUUCUCCCUCUAAAUGUGUGUGUAUUAUAUAUUAUAUAUAUAUAUAUAUAUAUAUAUAUAUAUAUAUAUAUUGUGUAUCCAUGUAUGUAUACAUGAAUGUGUUCUACCCAGAAGAAACCUGUAAUAUUUCCUAAUAGAUUAUUUUUUCAACUUGGUUAAUGGCAUUGAUAAGACGAGGCCAGUAGGCUAUAUAUAUAU